CUUGCAGUGUAUACACACACACACACACACACACACACACAUAAAAGGAAAUGUGGUGUUUCAUGAUAACGUCUUGUAAAAUGCUGUUAUAAAGUGGAGUGUGUGAAGUGAGGAUCAGUGUGUGUCGUUUCAGCAGGACAAACACUGCUAUAAGGAUGCUCCUCUUCCUCUUCCUCCUCAUGUCUCAACACUCUAUGGUAACAACCAUCAGUGGUUGCCGGAGCGACAUGGACAAAGACCACCGGCCUCGUGUGAGCUGUGUGAGUCAGGGUCUCACUGCAGUGCCUGAUGGAAUAGAUAAUGAAACACAGGUACUCAUCCUCUCUCAGAAUGUGUUUGUCUCUCUGUCCUGGGCCGCCUACACAAACUUCACACGCCUGCAUGAGCUGGACCUGAGCCAAAACCUGAUCAGCACCAUUGACCAAUCAGGACCUGUGCUGGAAAACCUGCAAGUGUUGCGGCUGUCCAAUAACAUGCUGACGAGUUUGGGCAGAGCUACAUUUAACUCCACCCCUUCUCUCAUGGAGGUCUAUUUGGAUGGAAACAACAUCAGUUCCAUUGACAAUGCUACUUUCAUUGACCUGCCACUCCUUGAGCUCAUUAACCUUUCACAUAACAAGCUACACGUCCUGCCCUCCCACCUGCUGGAGCACAUUUCCUCCAGCACCCUGAAGAGCAUUAAUCUGGAACAGAAUUAUAUCCAGCAGAUUCCUGACAAUUUUUUUGCAUCAAAAGAAGGACUACCGUAUGUCUUCCUUUCCAACAAUUCCUGGGUUUGUACCUGCCAGGUAGGUUACCUGAAGCACUUCCUGGAGAUUGAGUUUGAGAACAUUUACAUAAACACAGGACCCUCCAGCGUCGAGAAUGUCCCUGAGAGUGUGGUGUGUUCUGCUCCGUUCGCACUGCAGGGACAAGCUGUAAUGAACCUGCUGGAGGAGGAGUAUUGUGCUUCAGAUAACGAGUUACAUCACUCCAUCUCUACCACAGCUAAACUGAUGAGUACACCAACUACAGCACUGACCAUCAUCCCUCCAACUGCCAGUAAAACAACUACACCAAGUACUGCUGAGUCCAGUACCACUCCUACCCUGACUACAACCACCAAUAAACCAAUGCCUAUUACAACCACUGAACCAACAACAACCAUAAGCACUUUACCAACAUCUUUACCACCAAAAUCUUCUACAUCAGCAACCACAGAAAAAACUGCACCAACAACUACACUAAAGAGUGCUGAGUCCAGUACUGCUUCUAUUUUAAUUACACUAACAACCAAUAACCCAACAACUUUUAAAGCAGUUACCAUGGUGACACAGCCAGCAGGAGGGGUAGUAUCAGCGCUCGGUCAGCGCUCAGUGAUGUGGUGCUGGUGGUUAUUGAUCACUGUUGUGCUGCUGUGUAUUUUCUCUGCCAUUUUCUCCUGCAUGCUUUUACUCUGGCUUGUCAUCAUUUACAUCACACUUUACCAGCCAAUCAAAAAGCAAAUCCAAACCGGCCAAAGAGUGAGUCUGAGGGUGUACAAAGUCACGGCAGAUGAAUCGGUGGACACGAGUGAGGCAGAGCGAGUGAUGUUCUUACCCCCAGACAUGAUACGAGAAACUCAACCAGUGUUCCGUUCUGUGCUGUUCAUCUCCAAAGGAGCUGCAGAUGGUGAAGCGGGUGAGACGAGAAAGGGAACGAGAAAUGAGGAUGAAGAAAAGAACAUUAGAACUGAUACAGGGACUAAAAUAGACCUGCUGCCAAGAGCAACUCUGCACAGAGAAGAAGAGAUGGAGAACAAUGACAGGGAGGAAGUGUUCAGGAAAACUUUAUACAGGGUGAUAAACCGAGAGGAAGAGAUAGAUGACUGGAAGGAGGUGGAGGAGAACUGCUGGGGGAUGACAGAGAAGGACAAAGGGAGUAUAGAGGGAGGAGUGGAGAGACGAAAACGGUACAGCCUGAUCCUCAGGGAGGAGAGAGGGAGUGUGAUGGAAGGCAGGAAAGGCGAGAUGGAGUGGCUGGUGGGUGAGUGGGAGAUGAGACAAGGACAGGAAAUCUGGGGAUCUUUGAUUAGGAUGAAAGAAGGGCGUGGUCUUUCUGACUCCACCCACAUGGAUCCAUCUAAGCCAGUGGCAGAAAUAUCAGUCUGAGGUUUUAUUCUAAUGACGUCCUCAAAGCUGAGUCAAUGAUUUAUAAUAAUAAGAACAAAUAUAUUUGUAGACAGCUUAGAAGGUUCUCUCUCUCUCUAUCUCUCUCUCUCUCUCUCUCUCUCUCUCUCUCUCUCUCUCUCUCUCUCUCUCUCUCUCUCACCCACCUCUGCCCCUCACUCACCUAUUAUUUCUGCCGCUCUCACCUCAACAGAGGAAAAGUCCUUAUUAAAUUUAUCCACAGCAUCAUGAUUUAAACUAUUUACCUUCUUCAGCUCUGCUCUCUGUUCACAAAGCGCUCGACCACUUCCACAAUAUUCUUUACUAAUUUUGUUCAUUUCUCACUUUUUUUUUUCAUUUUGCUUAUCAAUGUUUUUAUAGAAAUAACAAUUUUACUUCCUUCUUUUAGUGAAAUGUAAUCAUGUGUCCAAUUUAAUUCUGUAUCUGUUCCAUAUAAAAUGACAGAAUAAUAAUGAACAAAAACAUAAUUUCUAAAUCGUUUGCAUAAUUCUUGUGUGCUUUUACGCAAACUCUGAUGUGUGAAUUUUACUUUUUAUAAACAUUUUAUAUUCAUUUAAUUCUGUUUGCAUGAGAAUUUUGCACACAUUAAACAGUCUGAUUUUAUAACCUCUACAUUCCCAGAGCUGCAUUUAAACAAUACUAACAUCACUGAUGCCAUAAAGUCUUCUCCAAACAUCAGUACAUGAAAACAUUCAAGCUAAUUUUAUUCAAAUUGCUGAAACACAAACUUGUGGAAGUUUUUUUUUACAAAUAAAUAUCUAAAAAGUC